AUGAACCAGGACAAUCGGAACUUCCCCACCACGGAUUACAACCACAACACCUACUAUCCGCAUGGCUACAACGGGCAAAACAACCCGUCAAAUUACGGCCAAAACAUUGAGGGGUUCGCAGGCGACACAAACAGUAAGUAGAGAAGGGGGAUUUCGCGGAAAAAAUCGGUUGUUAGAAAGCAAAUUUAGGUGGGAUUAAGUGCCAUAUAAGUAUAUGCAUUUUAACUGAAAUUGGCAUAAAUUUGGAAGAGAUGUGUUCAAUGUGCGAAGCGCAGAUUUUGAUGAAAAUUGGCACAAAUUUAGGCUAAUUUUUUUGCAAGAAUUAUGCGAAAAUUCUAGCUUGCAUUUUGCAGAAAUAACCGAGAUUUUUAACUCGAAAGUUUGUUAAAAUAUGACAUUUUUUUCGAAAAUUAUGACAUAAAAAGUAUUGGGAUUGUUUCUACCGUAGAGGGUAAUGUUUCUACAAAAAAUCACUUUUUUUCGCACGAAACUGACAAAGAUAUGGUCAAAAAGUGUUUUCUUCUCUGGCCGUCUCUCCGCAUUUUCCAUACUCUCUCGCCAAAAAUAUCGUUGAAUAUCUCGGCUGCGCAUAGAGUGAGCGAGCUAAAAUCAACAGAAAUUGAUUACAACCACAUUUGCACUAUUUGCACAAAAUUUGAAGAAGAUGCCGUUUUAUACGAUGAAACAUGUUUGGAAACGUUUUAUCGUAUAAAAUAUUUAUUAUUCAAAGAUUCACAAGGUGUGAGGCCACAUCACACCUUGUGAAAAUUUUAGCUUGCCCUUUGUUGGCGCAACCGAGAUAUUCAACGCUCAUUGCCGCGGAGAGAGUUAUUUUAUAUGAUAAAACGUUUCCAACCAUGUUUCAUCGUAUAAGAUGGCGAGAGAGUAUGGAAAAUGCGGAGAGCGGUCAGAGAAAAAACACUUUUUUGGCCAUAUCUUUGCCAGUUUCGCGAGGUAAAAAUUGAUUUCUUGUGGAAACAGUAACCUCUAUGGUAGAAAUAGGUGUGAAACUUUUGAGGCCAAAAUUCGAAAAAAAAGUUUUACAUUUUUUCCAACGUCGACUUAAAAAAAUCUCUUUCAAUUCAACUUUCAUUCCCAAAGCCCCCCAAAACAUCUUGUUUCCAACAAAACUCAUAUCAAAUUGUAUAUGAAUUGCACUUUAGAAACAAAAUUUUUUCGUGUAUCCUUCUUAGUUUCGCACGUUACUGCUUGGAAAUUGUAUUAUAGCUUUAAUCGCAUUUGAAAGGCCUCAAAAUUACAUUUUCGUAAUUCUUUGAGGAAAGUUAACAGUUAAAAUGGGAAUUUUCUGUGGUUUUGGGGAUUUAGAGGGUUUAUGUUGUCAUUGCGCGAUGUUUAUCAGUUUGUCGGGAAAAUAUUGGGCACAAUGUUGCUGCGCCAAUCAAGUCGCAAUUUGAUUUUGUCGCGACACAAUUCAUAUUUUUUUAUCUUCAUUUAUGCCAAGUUUCAUCAAAUUCUGAGAUGGUGACAGUUUAUACGAUGAAACAUUUCUAUCAAAAGAAAUUUUUUUUUUAGAUUUUGCUGAAUGCUUGUUAUUUUCCCGACAGACCGGUAAGUUGUCGCAACUUAUGCUUACUAGUCUGUCGGAAAAUAAUGAGCAUUCAGGAAAACCGAAAAAAAAAAUUUUGAUAGAAACGUUUUAUCGUAUAAAAUGUCACCACCUCAGAAUUUGAUGAAACAUGGCAUAAAUGAAGAAAAUAUGAAUUCGUCGCGUCUUGGAUUUAUUGCUUCAAAAAAGGUCUCAAAAAUCUUGUUUACACAAAAUUUUUGAGACUGAUGUGUGCAAAAUGUCGACGCACUUUCGAAACAAGCGUAGUAUGUGCAAUUUAUAUCUUAACAAAAAUUUUUCGACAACAUCUUGAUAUAUAAUAUCUUUCAUAAAGAUGUUUAUAGCAUUUCCAUUGAAGAGAAGCCUCUUGAGUCUUGUGAUGUAGCUUUUUCACGGCUUACUCUACAAUUUCCCCUCGUUUAAUUUACAUUUACCAUCAAAAAUUACUUUUUGACAUUUUUUUGCAAUUUUUUUUUUCAAAAAAUCUCAUUUCAGAUCCGAUGUAUUGCGGGCCAGCAUCUUCCUCAAUGUCGGAUCAGCCGGUGCGGAAAUGCUCAACAAUUAUGGCCGGAGGCGAUCAUCCGAUGCGAAAAUGUAGUACAGUGGUUGCUCCGGCGAUGAGCAACCCACGGAAAUGCAGUACAGUAGUUGGGCCGAACAAUGACAUGAUGGCGAUGAGGAAGUGCAGUAGUGUGGUGGCGCCGGGCGAGGAGCUGCGAAAACGCUCGCAGAUGGAGAUGAUACAGCGGAAGAACAGUACGAUCAUGGGUCCUGGAGGGUUUAAUGUGCAAAAUUCGGGGGUAACCGGAGGCUACAGUAACCCACAAAGUCAGAAUUCAAGCUACAGUAACUCACAAGCCCAGAAUGCAAGUUACAGUAACCCACAAGCUCAGAAUGCAAGCUACAGUAAUCCACAAGCCCAGAAUUCAAGCUACAGUAACCCUGCGCAACAAUCAUCGAGCUACAGUAACCUGAAUCAGUCAGCUUCAACCUACAGUAACCAUGGACAACCUAAUCCCAGCUACAGUCAAAACCAAAGCUACAGUAUGCCAACCCCACAGAAUCAGGGCUACGUUGCCUCCGGCAACCCUCAAAGCUUCAGUAGUCAAGGUUCAAACCAGGGCUACAGUAACCCAUCAGCGGCAUCCAGAAGCUACAAUAAUCCCGCUGGAGGUCCAGCAAGCCACACUCAAAUUAAUUCGGGCUAUAAUAGUCAAAAUCCGGCCGGUAGUAGCUACAGUAGCCCGUCUAAUGGACCUUCCAACUACGGUAAGCAAAACCCAUCGGGUCACAGUAAUGCUUCAUCAGGUUCUGCCAACUACAGUAACCCGUCGUCAGGCUCUUCAAACUACAAUAGCCCACCAAAUCCGUCAACAGGGCCCUCUAGCUACAGUAAUCCAUCGAGCGGACUUUCGAAUGCUUUCAGUAGCCCACAAGCCAAAGCUAUGUCCAAUCCAAACUACAGUAGUCCUAUAG